UAACACUUCAUAGUACUGCAUGGCUUCAAUAAGCACCUUAUUUUUUCAAUUAAUUACCCUAGCUUUUGCUUUCAAUAUUGUUGCAAAUGGACAAAGUCUGAAAGUAGGGUAUUACCAGGAAACAUGCCCAGAUCUUGAACCCUUAGUUAAAGAGAUUGUAGACCAAGUCAUCUCUAUAUCGCCAACUCUUGCACCUCCAUUGUUAAGAAUGCAUUUUCACGAUUGUUUCGUUAGAGUACGUUACCAAAAUUUAUGCUUCCAUGUUACAGGCUCGGUAAGUAUUAUAUUUCUAUUAAUUUAUAUGCAGGGCUGUGAUGGAUCAGUGUUGUUGGAGUCUCCAGCAAAAAAAUCUGAGAAGGAUGCUGACCCAAAUUUAAGUUUAAGAGGAUUUGAAAUUAUAGAUCAAGCGAAGGCUGCAGCAGAGAAAGUAUGCCCCGGUGUCGUUUCAUGUGCUGACAUACUAGCCCUGGUAGCUAGGGAUGUAACAGUAGCGGUUAAAGGGCCAUUCUGGGAAGUCGAAACUGGACGAAGAGAUGGAAGAGCAUCGAUUAAGAGCGAAGCCCUACAUAAAUUGUUAGCACCCUUUUCAAACAUUAGUACUUUAAAGAAAGGGUUUAAGAAGCGCGGUUUAAGUGUCAAGGACCUCGUAGUCUUAUCAGGUGGACAUACAAUUGGGAUUUCUCAUUGCUCAUCCUUCCACUACCGUCUCUACAAUUUCACUGGAAGGCUUGAUACCGACCCCAGUUUGGAUAGUAAGUACGUAAAAAAACUUAAGAUGAAAUGCAAGCCUCGAGACCAGAACUCAAUAGUGGAAAUGGAUCCCGGAAGUUUCGAGACCUUCGAUGAGUCUUAUUUCAGACUUGUGGCGAAAAGAAGAGGGCUUUUCAAGUCAGACGCAGCUCUACUAGAUGACAUUGAAACAAAAGCAUAUCUUUAAUUUCAAGCUCUAUCUCAUGGAUCUGCUUUCUUCGAAGACUUUGGGGAGUUGAUGGUGAAAAUGGGCAGAAUUAAUGUGCUUACUGAUAAAGAAGGAGAAAUCAGAAGUGUGUGUACUAAGGUUAACUAAGAACACAUGAGCAUGUUUGGUUGUGAUUAAAAGUUAUUUUGAAGAAAGUAAAUUAAGCACAACUACAUGUGCAUGGUCAUCUAAAAAGAGUCAUAUACCACUGUAUUUAUUUUUCUUUUCAAUGUAGAUUUAAUGGUUGAGGAUUUCUCCACUUGGAAUAAUUAAUGUAGGCCGGUGUUUCCAUGUUGAUGAGUGUGUAAAAGUGCAUACACCAUGCGCUUGAUCUAUCU